AUGGCUAGUACCUCGAGUCAACAGGUGCCCAUUGUUAUGGUCAUUGAUUUCCACCAUGCAAGGGGCCCCGAAAUCGAGCACUGUAUAGGAAACGAGGGGACCGACCCCGCGGUGGAAAAUGACUGGUCCUUAUUACCAUUCAUGGCGCUAUCGGACGGCGCGCAUAUGUCGACCGAGGAAUUCUCGUAUUUCACCCUACAUCAGAAAGAGACCGCCACGGAGCCUGCGACUUCGCUUUUUGGUAUCGCCUGCGCCAGACAGAUCGACGCGAGUAUUCUCAAGUACAAGCCGCCGGAGGUUACGCGGUCGACUGUGCAGAAGGCUGUCGUGGUGGUGACGGAUAGUCCGCAAUAUCUGGGCCAAUUGAGGGAGAAAUUGUCGGUGGUGACGACGGCUUGGUUUGCGCAACGGGACUUUUCGGACUUUGAUAUUCUCAAGAAAUUCCGAGAAGGGCUGGUGAUUAGCCUGGAGAAGAAUGAGAGCUUCAAAGACCAAAACUUGGGACUUUCGCUGCGGGAGAUGAUCCACGAGUUCAAGUACCAGACGCUUGUAUUGUUCAAGGCUUUGCUUCUGCAGCCAAAGAUGCUGUUCUUCGGCUCGAGAUGCGAACGCCUGUGCAUGAUCCAGUUCUCGCUCGUUUCUCUCAUACCGGGCCUUAUGAACAGCCUCGGGGACUGUGCCGAUCCCUCAUUCGAUAACUAUGCGCAAACCGUUCAGAAACCGACCUCCCUCAAAACUAGCGACAGAAGCUCUUUACUAUCUUAUAUGGGGCUACCAUUACAAAUCUUUGGAAAGGGCAGCAUGUUCGGGCCGUACACACCAUUACAGCAGCUGGAUCUGCUCGCAGAUGACGGAACCAAGUCAUACGUUGUCGGGUCGACGAACUCUUUACUCUUGCAACAGAAGGACCGCUAUAGUGAUAUUUUAAUCAACCUUGACGAAGAUACCAUCAAUAUCUCAUCCCUGACUUUACGAAAUGCAUUGGCGCUGUCGACCGCGGAUAGACGUUGGAUCGACCUCCUUACCCAAAUCAUCAAUGAAACGUGGGAUGAAAGCCACCCGGAACGCCCCAGGACGCACGGCUAUAUGGGAUCCGAGGAGUUCAUCAGACUCCAGUUUGAGGAAUACUUGCUCGCGCUACUCGCUUGCAUGAAGUACCACGAAGAACUUGACUCAUUCAACGCCGGUGAUCCUGGUCGGAGGACCCAGGAGCAGAUAGAUGGACUCAACAUUGAAGGCGACCCGGCGUUGGAAUUCAACGGAGAGUUCCUGGCAAUGUGGCAAAACACUCCCAACUACGCUCUCUUCUCGCGUCUAACAUCCGAUGCCCUCCCUUUCUCGAUCGUCGAACCCCGUCAUCCUUGCGCUGGAGGCCUCACAAUCGACGAUGUCCAACGACGUAUCUCGCAACAGGUCGCAGAUCUCCAUCUCGACGAACGCGUCCGCGAAGGCCGCGAAGCGCUCAAUAGACACCUAAGCACCGGCCAAAAGAAAAUGAGCGCCGCAUUCAACAGCUUCUGGUCCGACAUCGAAUCGAUGCGCGAAGCCCAGAAAAAGCGCAACGAAGAAAAGGCAAUGCAGUCUCAGCGACAGUCCCUAGACGGAGGAUCCUCGCCGCAACCACCACCUCUCCCACGCUCGAAUUCCGCAGCCGCUUCAACGACAGCAGGCUCCGCUUGGAUGGGCCGCAAAGCGCCCCCGCUAGACAUCAACCAAGCGCAAGCCUCAGUCAACUCCGUGGGCCAGAAAGCAGGAGCGUAUAUCAGCUCGUGGAGCUCCUGGGCCUCUGACAAACGCAAGGAGUGGCAGGAGAAGAAGACUUCUUCCCCCUCCUCCCCAUCCUCAGUUACCUCCCCGUCAACGCCCAUCCUCGCCACCGUUGCCGAGACAACUGACGCCGAAAGGGGCAGACGGAAGUCUCUCCAAGCGCGUCGCAGCGAAGACUCGAACGCGAGCCUUUCAAGCGUCAGCCUUUCUCUCUCCCGCAGCGGAAGCCGCAGAAAGAGAUGGAGCAAUAUCCUCUUGAGGCGCGAAAGCGGCGAAUUCGGCCCCCUCCACCGGAAGGGUGAUAGCAGCGGUGAGAGCAGCGACUACGAACCUGUUUAUCCGAGAUCACCCUUGUCUCGGGAAGCUCCGGUGCUCGGUGAAGAUAUAGAAGAGCCGGAUGUUACGGCCACAGAUCAUGCGGACAAAUCGAGUACGAGUGCCGAUGCCCACCACAAUACCGAAACCCAGGCCCCGAAAGAAACAAAGGUCUCACCACCCUCCCCGGUAACCGCCAAAGAAACCCAUACUACAACGUCUCAACCUCAAGACGAUACCAAAGAGGAACAACACGACAAUCACCCCCAACAGCCAACAAGUGAUGAGAAACCCGCCUUACCCUCUGAGACCACCAGUCUCUCCACAAGCAAAUAA